AUGCGGGUGGCCGUGCGGGGUCCCGCACAAGCGUCUUUGCGGAAUCUGCACCUUGAGGGUGAAGGCGGAGUGGAAGUCGAGGGUGGAAGUGUGCUGCUGAAGUGCUGCACAGUUUCACUGUCCGAGCCUUUUAUCGUGAAGGGCACAUCCUACGCUACUGUACAAGAAUGUUCUUUCGUUUCGUGCCGUCGCACGGCAUUGAUCCUUAGGGACGAAACACAGGUUAAGCUUAACAGCUGCACCUUUGAGGGAAACCUGAACGUUUGUAUUUCCGCAAGAGAGCAGGCAUCCGUUGUGGUGUCUGAUUGCGUUUUGCACAGGAAUGCAGCACCGGUCAUGCAGUUCCGUGAUACUGUGAAAGUUCAAGUGGAACGCACGGGCUUCCGAUCCAAUAAUGGGUGUGGUGUGCUGGUCCGAGGCCAAGCAUCUGCCAACAUCGAAUCUUGUGAGAUGCGGGGCCAGAAAAUGGCUGCAGUCGCUUUUCAGCACAAGGCAAACGGCAAGCUUCGAGGUAAUGUGAUGCAGGAGAAUGAUGGGGCUGUCGUGCUCAUUACUGGCACAGCCUCUGUUCAAGUGGAAGACAACACGUUGACGAACAACGGCAAGACCGCGCCUGUCAUUGAGUUUUCUUCUGCUUCCGGCACGGUUCGUGCGAAGGUUGUCUCCAAGCGCCAAGACUCGCAGAAUCAGCUUACACACAAGUUAGCCUACAUUUCAGGUGAGGCUGGUGAAGAGUGGGUCGAUGUUGAUGAGCAGCGGAUGAUCUUGCGAAACAAGACGGGUCAAACCAACAUUCCGUACAAAUUGCAAAAGCCCAUGAGAGCCGGGCAUGCCGACGACGGAGAGGGUGGGACGCUCAACGGUGCAAGCCUUGCUAGGGGCACGAGGCGCUGUGUGAUAGCUGUCCGCGACGCUGCGCAAGCCACCAUACGGAACAAUCGUAUUGAGGGUAAUGCAGGCUACGGCAUUCUCGUUAGCGAGCAGGCCUCUCCUGUGAUUGAAGGGAACUUCUUGUCCGCAUGCCGCUGUUCCGCGAUUCAUGUGGAUGGUACAUCUUCUGCCCGCAUCAGCCAGAACAGCUUCACCGAUAAUUAUGCUGCAGGAAUCGAUGUGCGUGGUGAAGCAUCCCCGACAAUUGAGGAAAACAAGUUUCGAGGUCAUAAAAGGCAGGCCAUCAGGGCUGCGGACAAAUCCGCCUGUAUCAUUCGAGGCAACAGCUUGUCAAGCAAUGAUGGUCAUGCCCUCAUCAUCACGGACUUUGCUUGCCCUCGUGUGGAACACAACGUUAUGGAGUCUGACCAGAAGCCAGCGAUGCUUCUCCGAUCUCGUCUUGGCACUUAUUCGGCCAAUGAAGAAGUCGAAAGGCAAGGAACCCGUGAGGGCUGCACAAAGCGGCGACGGGAGCCGGACUGUGAGGAAGCCAUGCAGAAGGAAAAGCCUCGUGCAGUGCUGGAAGCAUGUGCAAAGGCAACCACGGACAUAAGCAAGGAAGCUAUCCAAGUCACAUUCCGGCGAUAUCAGGUGAUGGUCACUCAGUUCGGAAGAUGUCCGUCGGAGAGUGGCAUCGCCGGCCGAUUAGGACUCUUGCCACUUCCACCACUGGCCAGGCAUUGCAUGGAAUGUGUGUCAUCACAGGAGGAAAUGGGGAAGUCGAAGGGAAGCACAGAUGAUGAGGAGGAAGGAGUGCUUCUCGCCACUGCCAGCAAGGUGUUGAGAGUGUUCAGGGCAUGCUUGGGAAACUUCUCCUUCGAUAAGCCUCCAGAACCUGCUUCUGAGGUGGUGGAGCUGCUGCAAGACAUGAAAAUCACACCUCGCUUGGUGAUGCAGUUCUUCAAGACUUUUAAACGGCUCAAGCGCUUCGACUCCAUCACUCUGCGGGUCGGGCCCGAUGAAGUCAGCACCGCAAGCAUGACGAGACUGGUCAAGAACCAUCGACAGUGGGUCGCCAAGAUCAUGAUACUCCUACUCGAUCUGGCCGGCUACAAGGACACAGUCACAUGGGACGGCUUCCUCUAUGUCACCAUGCAGUUUUGUGCCCUGUCCAAGCUCGAGCUAUGUCAGGUCAUGUUUUAUGUUGUGUGCAAAGAGAUGAAGAGCUGGACUGUGCACUACCUCACCAGCAGUCAGCUGGAAGAGUUCUACGACGACUACUACACUUGUCCGGUUCAUGCAUUCAACACGAAUUCGAUCAACUUCGCCAAGCUGCCAUUGGCAAAGUUUCGCAUGCAAGACUUCAUCGAGCUUUGCUACAGAUAUAGCCAGCUCAUCAAUCCAUGUAUGCACUUGCAGAGAUCAUUGCAGCAGUCCUUGCCUUCACUUCGUUUCUGGUCGAACUAUGAUAAGAUCAAGGUGUACAAUCGUCGAAUCACCAUCGACUUUUUCCGCUUCCAGAAGGUCACAAGCCUGUUGGAACUAAUGCGACGACACGCUGGCACAGGUGUUGGGCCCGUGCAGCAGCACCGCCUUAACGUCAUGGAGCAGUUUAUGGUGCUGGAGAAAUCCAAUCCAGGUUUCAAGGAUGACAUUGAGAAGUUCAAGGCGGCUGUGUUGAAGGCAAUGGAAAAGUGUCGACCUACAAAAAGUGGACUUCUGCCGCUGCCCAUGGGAGUGCAUCCUCCGGCCAAGGUCAGACUUGUCAGGGAAAUGCGCUUGCCGGAGUGGAUGCAUCGCCACCUCGAGACCAAUCAGGCACCAGGAGUCCACGGAGGGCAUGCCUUGGGGCAUGCUGCCCAACUUGAAGCCAACAAUCAAGAAAAGGUCAUCCCAUCAAUGGCAAGCUCAUCGAUGCCAAGGUCUGUUGAAGAGGCAGAAGCCUUGGUGCGCUCGACGUUUGGCGAAAUUGCAUCGAGAAGCAAAGUAAAGCAAAUCGCUGCCAAUCUCUUUCAGCACGCAGCCAAGCCACCGAGCGAAGACAGCAGGUUGAAGUCCGUCGUUCGAAGUCAGGAGCUGGAGUUCAUUCGUAUGAGUCGCCAAGACGUUGAACCUCCUAACCUUGUCCGGACAAUGCAAAGGUUGUUCCAGGAAGAGCUUAUGGACAGAACUCCCAAAGAAGCUGCCACAUGA